AUGCCAUCAAACCAACAACAAUCUUCAAACAUUUCUCAAAAACAAACAUUUCUCUCGGAUCAAAUCAAUUCUUCUUCUUCUUCAUCAUCUUCUUUAUCUUCCCUCUCAUCAACUUCAUCUACAGACUCUCCAGAUCUACAUGCUACAGCCCCUGGACAAUCCUUAUCACCAGUAUUUAACAGAUGGCCAGCCUCAGACACUCCAGAAGGCUCCCAUGUAUCGUCUCCUCGCGACUUUAGUCUCGCUGGCCAAAACUACUACUCUUUUGGAGGAUCCGGGUCUGAAUCCCUGAAUACAACCCCUCCAGGUGGUUCUGUUACUGGAACCUCAUGUCUUUCUUCAGUACCUCACCUAGCCAUUGGCUCAAUCUACUCACCUACUGCUGCUGCUGCUUCUUCUUCUUCAUCUUCUUCAUCUUCUCCCAAUUCCACGCCUUCUCAAGGACCUCUGUCGUCCGAUCUGCAUGGCUUCCCCACUCGUUCAGCAACUAACCUUGCGUGCCCCCCGCACCACCGUAGCACCCUUGCAAGUCUUUCUCCCAUGACUUCAGCGGUAUCGCCUGCUGGUACUCCUGUUCUUUCCGCAGUCUCUGCAGCCCCCUCUCCUUCUACAAUUCCUAGUAGUGAAACUUCUACUUCCAAAGUUCCAACCAUUGAAGAAGAAGUUGCUUCUGAUUUUGGUACUGUUCCAAAAUCCACUACAACUACAACAACAACAACAACGAAAACAACAACUAAAGUAGCACCAGUAGUAGCAACUUCCCAACAAGCUCAAAACAAUCAACAACAACAACAACAACAACAAUUUCCUACUUCAACUGUCCCCCAUCGUAGAGCAACAACCCUCGAUGUGCCCGGUCUCACCCGCUCCCGCGUUUCCCCUAAUGGCUACAUUUCUCAACGCGAUGUGGGAUCCAAGCUUGUAAUUGUAAUGGUUGGUCUUCCAGCCCGUGGCAAAUCCUACGUCACAAAUAAGCUUUGCCGUUAUCUCAAUUGGCAACAACAUAAUACCCGCAUCUUCAAUGUCGGCAAUACUCGCCGUAAAGCAAAUAAAGCGGCAGGCCCUGCAUCUGUCCCCCUCCCAGAUAGUGGGCCCCAUACAAAAGUCUGGUCCCAACCUCCCAGUAACCACCAUUUGAGCGAAAACGAGGCCACGGCUGCAAAUCUUGUGCUGCUCAGGGGCCCCGGAGGUUACAAGAAUGAAGCAGCCAAACAUGAAUAUGAACUUAAACAGGAGCUGUACAAUAAUGGAAAUGGCAAUGGCGUGGUUGAGGGAAGCACAACUAUAGUUAAUAGUAGUGGUGAUGACGACACUAUUGCUGGUGCUGCUACUACUGCUACUACUGCUACUACUACUGCUGCUGGUGCUGCUGCUGUCUCUACUGGCCCUACUGAUAGUAACCAUGGUAACCAACCGCCUGCUAACCCCCCCACUUCUAGCCCAGAUUCUUCUUUAAAAUCCGGACCUGAUUCGGACACGACAAAGAAACACAAUACGGAACAAACCGCAGACUUUUUUUCUGCAGAUAAUCCAGAAUCCUUUGCGCUCCGUGAAAAAUGGGCAAUGGACACUCUUGACGACUUGCUGGACUAUGUUGUCGAGGGCCCUGGUUCAGUGGGAAUCUUGGAUGCUACAAAUACUACCAUUGCUCGCCGUCAUAAGGUCUUGAACCGCAUCAAGGAGCGCUCAAAUGGCCAACUAAAGGUCUUGUAUCUCGAGUCAAUUUGCUCCGACUACUCCAUCAUUGAGCGCAAUAUCAGACUCAAACUUUCGGGCCCUGAUUAUAAGGAUUGCGAUACUGAAGUGGCCCUCAAGGAUUUUGUUGACCGUAUGCGCAACUAUGAAAAGGUUUACCAGCCAAUCACUGAAGACGAGGACAAUUCUGGUGACGACUUUCAGUACAUUAAAAUGAUUGACGUGGGUAAAAAGGUUGUCUGCUAUAACAUUAAGGGCUUUUUGGCUGGCCAAGUGGUUUUCUUCCUACUCAACUUUAACCUCGCAGAGCGCCAGAUUUGGAUCACCCGUCACGGCGAGUCACUCGACAAUGCUGCCGGCCGCAUUGGUGGUGAUUCGCCUCUGACGCCGCGCGGCCAAAAGUUUGCCAAGGCCCUUGCACGGUUUAUGGACUAUCAAAAGUCGCAAUUCCGCAAAAAUCAGCUCAAGCAGUUUGAAAACACGGACCACUUUUUGGAAACUACAACGCCACCUCUCCCGCGACCCAAAGUCCCGGAAGAACCAAACUUUUGUGUAUGGACCUCUAUGCUUAAACGCGCAAUCGAUACCGCAGGGUACUUUGACGAAGAUGUGUAUGAUGUUAAGGAAAUGCGCAUGCUUAAUGAACUCGGCGCUGGUAUUUGCGACGGCAUGACAUACCCGGAAAUUAAGCAGACUUAUCCUCAGGAGUACCAGGCCCGCAUGGCCAACAAGAUUAGCUAUAGGUACCCUGGCCCUGGUGGCGAGUCAUACCUUGACGUGAUUAACCGUCUACGCCCUGUCAUUGUGGAGGUUGAGCGUAUGACGGACAAUGCGCUCAUCAUUGCGCAUCGCGUCGUGUGCCGCAUUUUGCUUGCUUACUUUAUGAAUCUUAGCCAGGACUCGAUUGGCGACUUGGAUGUGCCACUCCACACACUUUAUUGUCUUGAGCCCAAACCCUAUGGUGUAUCAUGGGAGGCUUAUGAGUAUGACGACAAGACGGACUGGUUUUAUCGGGUACCCAAGGAAACCAUGCUUGAACGGAACCGACGGCCGUCCAUUGCUCCCCCCCUCUCUGGAAGAUCCCGACAAUACUCGGUCAUGCCUACAACAACUGUCGAAGUUGUUCCGCCAGUCUAUUCAGCAGCUGCAAGCCAUGUCACUCCUCUUCACCACCAUCACCAACACCACCAACACCAACAACACCACAACCAUAACCACAUUCAAAACCGCCAAAUCUCAACAGCAACUACCUUUUUGGCUGGCCCGGGAUCUGCCCCAGGAAGUGUCCCCAUUGCUAUCCCAGUCGCAGCUAAUAGAGGAGGCGCUGGAAGCAAUAGUAGCUCCGCUUCAUCGUCUUAUACUGGCCAUCACAACCACUCGGCAUCUUCUUCAACCUCCACCAUUGCUGCUCCCGUACCCACUGCGCUUUCCUCGGCCUUACCCACUGUUAGUGAAUUAUCUGCUCGUCUCAAUUCUCUUCGUCAUUAA